AUGAUGAUGAGCCCAGCUUUCGCAACGACUUUGGCAUAUGAUCCUACCGGCAAUCCGUACCAAAUGGCAUAUCCGGCCGGUGCAACAAUUUAUCCAACUGCACCGUUUCCGGUCCCUGCUGCAGCUGAUCCUCGCACGUUUGAGAUGAUACCACAUCGAAUUUUUACUACGGAACUUGAUUUGCGUUUGUUUUUCGAAAAAUUUGGUCAUGUCCGUGAAGCGAAAGUAAUUCGUAGCAGUGAGGGGACAUCUAAAGGAUAUGGUUUUAUAACGUUUGAUACAGAAGAUGAAGCAAAAACUGUCAUGCAGAUUAGCGCGAACCAGGAAGCGGAAAAGCUUGAAUUCAAAGGACGUCGACUGAAUCUUGGACCGGCUAUUCGCCGUAUGAUUCAUGGUCCGCGUUUCGCGCCAGAAUAUGCUAUUGCAACACCAACAGGACAAAUACUAACUACAUCAGCAUUCGGAGGGGUUACUUAUGCGUUGACACAAUCACCAUUUGUUGUGAUGCCACCACCAAAUCAGAUGCAACCAUUUGUCUACUCGCCGGUUUCUACUGUUGCACCAGCACAAUAUACACUUUCGAAUACUGACGCAGGGAAUAACAGAGUUCAGCAAUUCGUUGCAAAUAACGCUACAGCACCAAUGGUGCUUGUACCAAAUAAUGGUAAUACGAUAAGUCCACAUGAUUCUCCGCGUACAAAUGGUAUGAGUGGACAACCACAAGCAGUUAAUGGUUCGGUGCAUAUUCCAGCUGCUGGACAACCACCACAGCAGCAGCAGGCAUACGUGAGCAUGCAGCAAAUAGCGCAAGUAACUACUCAACCGCUUACACCAAUGACACCAUCAAUUGCUACACAGCGUGCAGCGCUUUUUCCACCACCAGCUGCUUAUUAUGCUCCAACUGCGCCUGCUAACGAUAUGACUCAUUACUCUCAAAUGACUGCGCCAACAUAUUUCUUUGCUCCUGGUGGAUAUCAAGCUAUUGAUGGGAGUGGACAAACUGCUGCGAUGGCGAUUCCAGCACCGAAUCCGAUUCAGUUGGUACCGCAACCGAUAACACCGCAGACUCCGCAACCAUGCUUCUAUGACGAAAGUAUGAUUGGUGGUUGGCAAAAUCCAGCCGAAGUUCGUCCUACAAGUACUCCUCGACGUAGUCCGAUGAAGUCAGUUGUGUCACUUCCAAAUCAACUUGGUCAAGUUAAUCUGCAACAAUAUGAACGCAAGGAAUGUCAACAAGGAGGAAAUGUUGCAGCUGCUACUAACAAGCAGUUCCCAUGA